GUGAAGCGGUUAACCACGCAGCAAGUUAUGACCUCGCGUUUUGACUAAAUGGUUCAUUUUAUCGUCACUAAAAUGUACGGAACACAUUUCAAGAGAUGCCAUUUGUUGACGUGGAUCUAUUUUAUAUAGAGAACAUUUUUUUUAAAAAAAAGUAGUUUUUACGGACAUUCGUAUGAACGUGUAGCACGCGGGGGUCACCGGCUCUUGUAGACGUUCAUACGGUUCAUCUUCACUGCUUUCAGACAUAAUUUAACAUAUUGAAUCCACUAAACCGAGGACAGACGUCGGUUAACGGCGGUGUGGCUGCGCAGAUAAGUAGCGGAAGGACGGAGGCUGAGAGGUUGACAUGAACCCACCGAAGCGACUCUGCACCACAGAAAAUGAAAGGAAGGAAGGAUGGCAGGAGGAGGAGGAAGAGGAGGAGGAGGAGGAGGAGAGGACUGCAGUGGAUGUGAGUAUUAUCAUGCCAAUGUACAACGCAUCCUGUUGGCUGGAUGAAUGUCUGCAGGCCAUAUUACACCAAGACUUUACUGGAACCAUGGAGCUCUCGGUCUUCGACGAUGCAAGCACCGAUGACUCGAGGAAAGUGGUGCAGGGCUGGAGGGAGAGGCUGGAGGCGAGGGGCAUCUCAGUGGUGAUCUCCGGCCACAACUCUGCACAACCCCGAGGAGUGGGAUAUGCAAAGAAUAAAGCAAUAUCUCAGAGUUGUGGACAGUACUUGUGCUUUCAGGAUGCGGAUGACGUUAUGUUGCCUGAAAGGGUUGGUCUGCAGUAUGAGGAGUCUCUCCUCCACCCAAACUCUCUGAUUGGCUGUAAAGUUCAGAGGGUUCCCGAGGGAUCUACGGAGCGCUACACUCGCUGGAUCAACACAAUCACUCAGGAUCAGCUCAUCACACAGGUGUACACGUCUCAUGGGCCCACAGUUGUCAUGCCGACAUGGUUCUGCUCGAGGAGCUGGUUCCUGAAGGUUGGACCGUUUGACGAGGGAGGCAAGGGAGUCCCGGAGGACUUGCUUUUCUUCUACCAGAGUAUGCGACAAGGAGGGGGCGUGGCCAGAGUCGACCAGUGCCUGCUGGUGUACCGUUACCACGAGAAGGCCACCACACACUCUGUAACAGAGGAAACUAUUUGGAAGCUGCGAGUGGACUUCCUGCAGGAGAGAGUUCUCAGCCAAUGGGAGAGCUUCACCAUAUGGAACGCUGGGAAACAGGGCCGGAAGCUGUACCGCUACCUCAGUCCGACCAAUCAGAGGAAGGUGAAGGCUUUCUGUGAUGUCGAUGAGAACAAGAUCCAGAAAGGCUUUUACACAUAUGAGGAAUCCCAGCAAAGACCUAAGCCAAAAAUCCCAGUUGUACACUACAAAGACGCCUCCGCCCCUUUCAUUAUCUGUGUUAAACUGGACAUGACUGGAGGCAUUCUGGAGGAAAACCUCAACUCUUUGCAGCUAAAGGAAGGAAUAGAUUUCUACCAUUUCAACUGACUGCUCAGAGCGAUGGAGAAGACAAGAGGAGCCCUGCAGCUAAGAGGAAUGCAGGGGACUGCGCGAUAGGCAGGUGAUAACAGGAAGAGUGACCUGAAACUGGGACAGAGAUAAUACCACAGCAAAGGAAAGAGGAGGUUAUAGUGUCUUUUUAAGUGUUAAAAGAUGCCUUUUAUGUGUGGGAAAGAAUGAGAACGUUUUUAAGUUUUACUUGGAAAAGUUGAUGAAACGUCUGAUAAAGGCACAACAGUUCAUCCUACAGCACUGUGGUUCAAUACCACUCUCAUGUCUGUCCAUUGGAUAUAAAGCUACAGCCAGAAGACAUUAGCCUAGCUUAGCACAGAGACUGGAAACGGGGGGGAAAACAUCUAGCCUGGCUCUGUCCAAAGGUAACUAAAUGCACCUAGCAGCACUUCUGAAGCUCACUAAUUAACACGUUAUAUAAUGUUUGUUCAAUACAAUGACAAUUUGCCAUUUUAUUAGGGGUUAUGUAUUUCUUGGUCAUCCACAGUAACUCCAGUUUUUUGGUCCUUUUUACACAUGUUAAUUAGCUUUAGAGGUACUGGUAGCUCGGAUUUUGUUACUUUAGCCUGAGUCAACUAGUUGUGUCGGAAAAAUCCGCUGUGGCGAGAACAGCAAAACACACCAUGAAAGCGUCCUAUAAAUGCUGACCACCUACCUAUAACGAACCAGAGACACUUCCUCAUGAACCCAACAUCAAUAAACAGGGAGGAAUUAAACUGAAGUUAAAUGUGUCAAUAGGUCUACCGCAGCUGAUAAAUUAAAUGACCGUUUGUGGGCAAGUGCUGACUUGUACUGUCAAGAAAACCUCUUGGAAAAUGAUUUCUUAAAAAGACUGGGAACCAUGAUUGAUGUUUAGGGUAAUAAAAGUAACCAUAAUCGGACUCAGAGGGUAUUGGCACUACAGCUAUUUAUCAUGCAAGAGGACAUGGUGAUUGCCAGUGUAGACCAUUGGAGAAAUUAAAAGUUAUUGUCUUUUCUAA